AUGGUGACUUGUUUUUUAUGUAAUCAGACAUUUGAUAGUAUUAAAAUUUUAUUUAAUCAUUUCAAUUUUUUUCAUCCUGAACAGAAAUUUGAUUCUUAUUUUUGUGCUGAAAAUAAUUGUUCUAGGUCUUUUUCUUUGAAGAAUUCCUUUCGUAAACAUUUGCUAAAACAUACGUAUGAAUCACAACCCUGUACUGCUCCACAGCUUAAUGAUACAAAUUCAUUUAUAGAUGCAAUUACCAACACUAAUGUAAUAACUGAAGUUGGUUAUACACAUAGUAAUAGUAAAUUUAAUGGUAAUUGUAAAGACAAUUUAACUAUUGAUCCAGUUGAAUUAUUAAACCAUUCGAUAAGUUGUUUUCUUGCAUCUUUAUAUGCUAACCCUAUAAUUCCAAGAAAUGCUGUUCAAGUUGUGGUCGAUGGCCUGGAGAAAGUUAUCGUAGAAGGAUUUUCUGCAUACAUUGAAAAUUAUAUUAAAAAGAUGUCUGAAAAAAAAAUAUCUAGUGAAUGUUUUACUGUUGUUGAUAAUAUUACAAGUGUUAUUAAAAAUGCAUUAGGUAAUUUUAAAACUGAGCAUAAAAGGUUUAAUUUUUUUGCUGAGAAAGGUACUUAUAUAGAACCUAAGGAAGUUGUAAUUGGCCAACGUUUAAACAAGAUUAUAAAGAAUGGUGUCUCUAUUCUUGAACCAAUCAACUGUUCACAACAAUUUAUACCAUUAAGCAAAGUGUUGAAACAAUUUUUUUCACUUGAAAAUAUUCUUGGUGAAACUUUAGAAAACAUGACGAAUUUAAUGAGUAACAAAAGUGUCUUAGGGAAUUUUAUUCAAGGUACUUUUUGGCAGAGUAGAAUUAAGAAAUUUGAAGGAAAGACUGUCUUGCCACUAUUUUUAUUUUUUGAUGAUUUUGAGAGUGGAAAUGUUCUCGGUAGUCAUUCCGGAAUUCACAAGUUAGGAGCAGUUUAUGUAUCUCUUCCAUGCAUACCAUUACACCGUUCUUCAAUGUUGUCUAAUAUUUUUCUUACAUUACUUUUUCAUUCUUCUGAUAGAGUAGAGUUUGGAAAUAACGUAAUUUUUAAACCUGUGAUUGACGAAUUAAACUUUUUGCAAAAUGUUGGUAUAGAAAUUGAUACUUCAGUAUUUAAAGGUACAUUAUACUUUGACUUAGGUCUAAUUUUAGGAGACAACUUAGGGCUUCAUUCCAUUAUUGGUUUUGUAGAAAGUUUUUCUUCUAAUUUUCCUUGUCGAAUUUGCAAUAUAAGAAAAGAAAACUUGAGAGUUCAAUGCUAUGAAGAUGAAUCUCUCCUCAGAACAAUUGACCAGUAUUAUAUUCAUUUAAAUGAGAAUAAUGUAAGUACUACUGGAAUUAAAGAAAAGUGUGUUUGGUUAGAUGUCAACAAUUUUAGUCUAUAUGAUCAAGUCGGAGUUGAUGUAAUGCACGAUGUACUUGAAGGUUGUGCCAAGUAUAUAAUGGGUUUUAUUAUAUACUACUAUAUUAAUGAAUUGAAACUAUUUUCCCUACAAGUGUUCAAUGAAAGGCUUUUUGGUUUUGAUUUUGGACCUGAGCGUAAUAAACCUUGUGCUUUAACAAUGGAACAUGUUAGUCAAGGGAAUGUUCGUCAAUCUGCUUCUGAAAUGCUAAUAUUAGUUAGGUAUUUUGGUUUAAUUAUUGGUGAUUUUAUACCUGCAGAAGAACCAGUAUGGGCCCUGUAUAUACUCUUGCGUAAAGUUAUAGAUAUUAUGUUGUCAUCACUAGUUGAAGAACAAAGUACUUUCUUACUAAAAACUUUAGUUGAAGAAUUAAACGAGCUUUAUUUGAAAUAUAGUAAAAAAUCUCUUAAACCUAAAUUUCAUUUUUUACUUCAUUACCCAUCACUGAUUAAAAAAUUUGGUCCUGUAGGUAAUUUUUGGUCUAUGCGUUUUGAAGCCAAACAUAGGAUCUCUAAAAUUGCGGCUAGAUCAUCUUUCAAUCGACGUAAUAUAUGCUUAACUUUAGCAAUCAAACAUCAGUUACAGCUAAAUGAUAUAUUUGGCAAGGGUAAAUUAUGUUCAAAUGUAGUUGUAGGUCCUUGUAAGUCAUUAUGUCCAAUGAAAUCUCAUGCAAUAAAAAACGAACUCAAUCUUGAUCUUGAUAAAUCUUUAUUUUGUGUUAGUUGGGCAACAAUUGAAGGUAUACGUUAUAAAAUAAAACAUAUAUUAACCCAAGAUAUUUUGGAAGAUAAUAAUUAUAAAUUUGUUUCUGUGAACAAUAUUUUUCUUUAUGAUUCUAAUAGAAUAAUUUUUGAAUGCAAUUCUCUUUUAAUGGUAGGAUUUAAUGAACAUGUAUAUUCAUAUGAAGUGAUAUUUCCAGAAACAAAUAAUAAUUGUUUCAUUUUUCAAGAUUCCCUGGUAUCUCCUAUCCCAAAUAAUUUAAAUGUUACUCCAGAUGGAACCAAAUUUGUAACUGUAAGAAGCCCUUUGUAA